GGAAACUCAGAACCAAAAAAGAAAGAAGAGAGAAUAUUUGAAGAGAGUAGAGGGAAUAGAAGGAAAAAAAUUUCUAGUUUUUUUUUAUGGCGAGCAGCAAAAGCUAUUACUCGAGACCUAACUACCGAUUCCUGUCGAGCGAUCAACAACUGCAAGCAGCGCUGAGUCACGACUCGGCGGCAUUCGAGUUAGACGAGUCAGAUAUUUACAACAACGGUGUCUCCACUCGCCCCGUCUCGCCCGACUUCCGUUCCACCAGUCGAGUAGCGAAGAAGCCGUCGACUAAGCGCGGUGGAGGGGAUCCCGUCGUCGGAGGGGCGCCGUCGUCGCUACCGGUCAACAUACCCGACUGGUCUAAGAUUUUGAAGGAAGAGUACCGUGAUAAUCGGAGGAGAUCGGAGAGCGACGAUAAUGACGUGGAAGGCGAUGAUUGGUCGGAAGGAGGAGGGCGGAUUCCUCCUCACGAGUUUUUGGCGAAGCAAAUGGCGAGGACGAGGAUCGCAUCGUUCUCUGUUCACGAAGGGAUAGGGAGGACCUUGAAAGGAAGAGAUCUGAGGAGGGUCAGAAAUGCAAUUUUUGAAAAAACCGGGUUCCAAGAUUAAAUUAUGGCAGAUGAGUGAGAAAUUUUGGAAUCAUCAUAUUUUCAUUUAUUAGAAAAAAUGUCCUUUUUUAAAUAUAUUUUCCUAUAAGUUUUGUUCUACUUUUUCCCACUGUGAUAUAUGAUCAAGAGGAUCAUUACCAAUCGUGUAA